AUGGCCUACAUCCACGGGCCGACCUCGCCGGAGCCGCCGCCCCGUCACCGGUCGGCCGCCGCGCCGCCGUCCGCCGCCGCUCCUCGGAUCUACAGCCCGCCCCGCAAGUCUCCGUCCAUCGACGCUCGCAGCAGCCGCCCAAAGUCCCCGUGGUGUUGUCUCCCCAUCUGCCGCCACUCCCUCCGUUGGUCGUCGCCGGCAGCCGCACGAAGUAGAGGUCCCGACGGGCCUAGCCACAAGAUCCACGGUAUAGAAGCCAUUCCCCCAGGUCAAGGUGGCACUGAUUGUUUGGCAUAUAUUUUAACUGGGUCUGCCGAAUGGACCGAUGAGAAUACUCGGAUUAUCGUGGAGUUGUUUGUGAAACAAGUGAAGGCUGGAAACAUGCCAAACACUCAUUUGACACCCAGUGCAUAUGAUGAGGUGGGAAAGGAGUUCUUGAUGAGAACUGGGCUUGAGUACACACCAAAGCAAGACCUUCCAGGUUGUGGCAAGUUCAAGAAGCAUGGACUCCGUAACGAAGAAGGCUUGCGCGUCUUGUUUGAGGAUAUCAGUGUUGAUGGCACUGACCAUUGGAACCCCGCAUCUGGUCUGCCUCCCCCCUCUAGUUCGGCAUUGAAAAUAGCCUUGAAUGUUGACGAAAUCGCCGAUCUUGAUUUGGAGGAUGAUAGUGAAGAGCAACCUUCUCCGACAGUAGCUAGUUCAUCUAAAGUGAGGCUUGGGGUCACGAUUCCAGAGAAGAACAAGAAAUCGAAGACUUCACAAGUGAUGCAAGAGGAGAUUAGAAAGAUUAGUUCUAUUGCCCAAGCUUCACACACAUCGUUUCAGUCUUUUCUACAGAAAGAUGAGACCAUUUCUGUUGCCUCUACCAUGGAUUUAGUUCGUGCUUGUGGUGCAACAGACGACACUGAUGAGCAUUUCAUUGCUACUGAGCUCUUUCUGAAGAGAGAGCAAAGAGAGAUGUUCUUGCACAUGACAUCCGACUCUCAAAAGGGUUGGUUGCGUAGGAGGUUUGACCUCAAGUAUGGGAACUAGU